GCGACUGUAGUGUAGAAUGUACAGGGCAGUAGUUUUUCCUCCUUUUAAGUUGCUUUGCCGGAGAAACAUGAACGGUCGCUGACUGGCAGCUGCGGACGACUGGCCACUCUGCCCUAUUUUACCCGGCGGACUCCACAGAAAAUCACUCUGGGGAACUAUAUAUUAUCUCUGAGUCUCUGGAAUAAGGUGGGCAAGUGCCGGAGUCGCGCAAAGAAGACGAGAAAGGAUGAGGGAGAGAGGCCCCGGCAGAGGAGGAAAAUAGAGAGGAAAGAAGGGGGAAACGAAAGAAACAAACAAGGCAAAGCAAACGAGGAACGCCAAAGAGAAUCUCUGGGAUAAAUAAAUAAAAAAGACUUGUUUGGAUAAAAAAGCAGGCUAGAUGAAAAGAUGAAGCCGAUAAAAAAACAGGGCCGACGCUCUCCUCCUUCAACUCGGGCAAAAGGGGGGAAGCGUCGAGGAGCGGGGGAUGCCCCAGAAGGAGGGGAGAAGAGGGACUCGGAUGAGAACCGAGACAGAAGCAGAUCCCCUCCAGACAGAGCACCCUCUUCUUCAUAUUCGUCUAACUCACACUCAGAAUCCUCACAGGUAGACCCAAUCAGAGCCCGUGGCCCUUCAGAGGAGGAGGCGCUCCACAGAGAAGGGUUGUCGGAGUCAACGGUGUCGCUCGCGAUGGAUUCUGGGAAAUUGUUGUCAUCCUCGGAUGAUAGAUCAGGGAGGUCAGCUGUGAGCGGUAGCAGCCACAGUGACAGUGGUGGUAGCAGCAACAGUAGUACGCCGAGCGCCAACAACAGCCCGAACCCAGCGCUCAGCCGGAAAACAGCCACGUUUAAGGCUCGAGUUCCCAAGAAGAAGUAUACCUCUGAACACUGCUCGUCUACUACUGGUAACCAUAGCAACCCUUCCUCUAGCACACCCCCUCCACUUCCUCUCGGUGGUGGGGUCAUCAACCACGGGUUAACGGGUUCAGGAAGUGACAUCUGUGUCUCACACCCUGAUGGCAACAGUCAGAGUAGGACCAUGAUGGACGACUUCCACAGCAGGACUACUGGCAGGGAGGGGAAUCUGAAAAGUUCCCCAGGACCCCCUCCUCUGUCACUAGUGGGGGAGAGGGAAAGGCCUGGAAGAGGUGAAGGAGUCAGAGAUGCAGAGCGGGUGUCGCCCAGCCCCCUGCCCCGCUGCUCCUCAACAGACACUGCCAGCGAGCACUCAGCUGACCUAGAAGUAGUCGGCGACUCACACGCCGUCAUACAUGCACCCACCAGCCUCCCUGAUGCGCUGUCUGAUGCUCUCGCCAAAGGGCUGAAGAAUCAGCGUGUCCUUGCUCGCCAGAUGAGGAGGAGUGACGAGGAGGAAGAAGGUGAAAGGAGUAACGGAGGGGUGAGUUCGGACUUGGUGUUUCGGGCUGGGGUAGUCCGCAAGGUCAGCGGUGAAUUUGGAAGUUUGGAGGUGCAACUGAAUGGGGAGAAGACACUGUGCUGUUAUCCAUAUCGACAUGACAGUCCUCCAGGGGUGGUGGACAUUAUCCUAGAUGCCUCGCCACCUGGAGUCCAUCCGAUACCCAUUGGAACCCGUGUCUGUGUACCAUUUGGCAAUGAAGAGGGCAGUGAGGGCCAGUGGCAGUGGUACAGAGAAGGUGUGGUGACGCAGGUGGACACACACCCUGCAGUGGCCAACCGCUAUCGUGUCCUUUUGUCCGAGGAAAGAUCUCUAUCUGUGGACGAGGAAGAGAUUUGCAGAGGGACAGCUGGUGCUACCCAGGCAGUUUGGGUCUCCCGACAAACACUCAGGCUUCUGGUGCCACCUUGGGACCUGGAUUUGCCAUCUGGAGCGGGUCGAGAUAGAGAAGAAGGGGUCAGGGACAAAGAAAGGGAGCGGGAAGACAGGGAAGAGAUAGAUGUGGAGAGGGAGGUGUGCCGUUUGAGCCAAGCGAUGACACCUAGUGUAGGGUCAGUAUUGGGGAGAGGAAUACCUUACCCAGGCAUGGUGUCUGUUUCCUCUUCAUCUGGCCACAACAUCACCUCCCCUGUAACCCCAGCGUCAGUCCUUAGCCUGGCUCCGGGGCGAGAGUGGGAAGGGGAGAGGGACCUCCAAAGAAAACAGGAUAGAGAUAGGGAAAGAGAGCGAGAAAGGGAGAACAGUGUAAAGCAGCAACAGCAGCACCAACAUCAGCAACACCACCCAUACAUGCCACUCACCCCUGAAGAAGACAUGGAGGUGUCCCACUUUAACAUGGUCCCAAUGGGGGCAAUCAUACCUGGGGCCAAACCAAUGGCAGUUCCCCAACACCGCCACAUUGUAUCUAAGCCCCCACCUGGCUACCUCAAUCCCCACAUGUCCGUGGUGCGGGGCAUCGGGAUACCCCCUGCACACCUGGCCUUGAACCCCCAUCCCCCUCCUUCACCUGUCCUGUUAGGCCUUGAUCCAGCAGCAGUUGCAGCAGCUGGUGCUGUCAUCACCAACCCCCAGCUCCCUCCUCUCCCUCCCAUCUCCUCCUCCACCCCAUCCUCCUCCAGAGUAGAGAAGGCCUCAGGAGGAGGGUCUUCCAGUGGAGGAGCAGGCGGUGGAUCAGGAUCAGGUUCGAACUCGUCCUCCUCAUCACGCUCCCGCACCCCACUGACGGCUGCCCAGCAAAAGUACAAGAAGGGAGAUGUGGUGUGCACGCCAACGGGCAUCCGUAAGAAGUUCAAUGGGAAGCAGUGGAGGAGGCUGUGUUCCAGAGAGGGCUGCUCUAAAGAGUCCCAGCGCCGAGGAUACUGCUCCAGACACCUCUCAAUGAGGACCAAGGAGAUGGAAGCCAGUGGUGGCAGCCGGGAUCGUGGAGGAGCCAGCAGCACAGGGACCCUGACGCCAUCUGACCUUCGUCUAAGUGGCGGGAGGGCCAGCUCAGAGUUUGACUGGGAUGAGACGUCUCGGGAAAGUAGCGAGGCCAGCAGUCGUGGAGGUGACUCCCGUCCUCGCUUGGUCCUUCCCUCUCUGCUCCCCCAGGACCUCUCUCGUUUUGACUUUGAUGAGUGUGAGGCAGCAACCAUGCUGGUGUCCCUGGGUGGUUCCCGUUCAGGCACUCCAUCGUUCUCGCCUAUCUCCAACCAGUCGCCCUUUUCCCCAACCCCAUCACCCUCGCCCUCUCCACACUUUGGCUUUCGUCCUGCCAAUUUCAGUCCAAUUACUGCUCCUUCACUUACCCCCCGGCGUCCUCGUCAUCUAAGUGGCACUAAGAUGGGCACACCAGGGGUUGAGCGAGAGCGCCAUCUCUCUGGAAUUUUGCCCACUUUUCAGACCAACCUGACUUUCACAGUCCCGAUGAGCCCCAGCAAAAGGAAGCUCGACUCCCACCCUCCUCCUCCACUGCCUGCAGUCCAUGACUACCAGACCAAACCUGAGCAGCAUCAACUAAUAGGCAUAGGGGGAGCUAUGGUUGGAGAAACAACCAUGGGCCACUGUCCUGCAGCUUUCAGAGUCCUCUCCCCCCAGAGUCAGCCCACAACUCCUUCCUCACUUUCCUUCCCCCGGCCUCGAAGUGCCACCAGCAGGCCACCAUCCUCUACUGCCUCCACACCCCCACCCAUGCUGGUCUCUCCCACUCCUCCUUCCCCACUGCCCCAGGAACCUUCUCCUCGUCGUAUUGUGCCCCUCCGUGAUUCACCAGUUAUUGUCCGCAACCCAGAUGUACCCCUACCUAAGUUCUCUGAUGGCCCACUAGGAAGGAGAGAAAGAAGCCGGUCCAGAGAGCACAGCCAGCCCCAACACGCAGCUCCCCCCGGCCUGCAGGUCCCUGUUCCAAUCAAUGGGGCUACUACCAACGGUGCUGUUCUCCUGCGCAACCCCACAUCCACACUUGUCCUGGUCACCUCCAGUUCGUCCCUGACUCCAGCUUCAGUGGGUAACCCUGCCCUGUCCAGCCCCUCCAGCAUCGGGUUAAUGCCCACUUCAUUGGGCUCAGUCCUAUCCUCCUCUGGAUCCGGGGGCAGAGAGAGAGAGAGGAAACCUGAGGGACACCAGGACGCCUCUGGAGGGGCCCUACCACAGCCGGUAGCCUGUCACCCUACCCCGACUGCCCUUCUGCCGCUCAUACUGCCAGCUGAGUCGCCUCACCCUGCUCCACGCAAGCAAAUCAUCAUGGGACGCCCAGGAACUGUUUGGACCAACGUGGAGCCUCGGUCGGUGCCAGUGUUUCCUUGGCAUUCGCUCGUCCCUUUCCUGGAGCCCAGCCAAUCAGGAGCGGCUGCCCAGCCUGCUGAUGGCCAACAGCUUGUCAAUCAGAGCAAAGAGCCUCGAUGCGCUGUGGCCCUGGUGAGCGACGGGCGGACUGGUCCCCCAGACCUCGAGAGGGGAUCUCCGUCGUGCCCUCCCCCGACCAAUGACAAUCCUCCUUCAGAGAGGGGCGGGGCUGACAGCGAAACAGAAAGUGAUACAGAUGACCCGUUUUCGCCAGGUGUGGCCAACGAUCCAGCUCCCUCCUCUGGCCCUAUGAAGAGACGCACACAGUCCCUCAGCGCCCUGCCCAAGGACGGAGACAGAAAGAGAGAGAAAGACCACAUCCGCCGUCCUAUGAAUGCAUUCAUGAUCUUCAGUAAACGCCAUCGCGCCCUGGUGCACCAGCGACAUCCCAAUCAGGACAACCGCACAGUCAGCAAGAUCCUGGGGGAGUGGUGGUAUGCUCUGGGGCCCAACGAGAAGCAGCAGUACCACGAUCUGGCCUUCCAGGUGAAAGAGGCCCACUUCAGAGCACAUCCAGAUUGGAAGUGGUGCAACAAGGACCGCAGGAAGUCGCUGUCAGAGGGCCGUGGGACGCCAAAGGAUCUUCGGGAGAGGAGCAUGUCAGAGAGCAUAGAUCCUCAUUUGGAGUCUCAGGUGCUGGAGGGGAAGGGAGGAGGCCCAAACUGGCCUGCGGGAUCAGAGCGUCGAGGGGGUCUGUUUGUGGGGCAGAACCCCCGUCCCAGAGCCUUUUCCCAGAGUGCUGUGCACACCCUGGAGCAGAGGGAGAGAGACCUGGAGAAGGACGGCGGCACAGGCUUGUUUCGCCAACGACCCAUGCCUCAGUCCAUGUACCAGGGCGGGGCCAGUGAGGACGUGACCAGCGAUGAGGAGCGUAUGGUCAUCUGUGAGGAAGAGGGGGACGAUGACGUCAUGGAGGAUUCCUGUCCUGAAGGCUCCAUUGACCUCAAGUGUAAAGAGAGAGUGACAGACAGUGACGAGGACGAACCGGAUGGACAGCAUGGCUUCCAGCCAGCGGCUCGCUCCUCGCUCCCCUCUUCCUCUCCCUCCAUCCCUCACUCUGACUCCACCUCAUCUAAAGGGAACAGCGGAGGGGGAGGAGGCGGCGGCGGUGCCGAGGAGGGAUCUGAGAGGAAGAGAAAGAGAGGUGCACAUGGAGGAGAAGAGGGGAGUGAGGGAGGAUCCAGGAGAGAGGAGACAGCAGCAGGGGGAGGAGAAGGAGGUGGGAAAAGUGUCUCCUCUCUGUCCGUGGCUGCCUCAACACCUGGCGUCCAGCCUGCCCUCGCUUUCGCUCAGUCCGGUUUGACCCAGGUCCUCGGCCCUGUCCGCAUGGCCCCCACUAUGGUGACCAAUGUGGUAAGACCCAUCGCCAGCACACCAAUUCCCAUCGCCAGCAAGUCGGUGGAAGGAGCCGUCCACCUCACUUCUCUGCCCCAGGACAAGAAAACCGCUCUCCUGAUUGGAGGAGGUGGGACUCAGCAGCUGCCAGGCGCCACAGGGGGUGGGUACCUGUCCUCAUCCUCCUCUCCUGGUCAAGUCAGUGUAACCCCUGUGGGCAGCAGCGGCCUGGUCACUAGCCUAGUUCUCAGUGGGCCCUUUCCUGCUGCCCAACCAAUACAGCUUCUCACCCCGCAGCCCCCGCUUCCUGUUCUCCCCCCAACUACUGCCACCUCCUAUCACACACCUCCCGCCAGCCUCAAGCCGCUAGCUCAGGUCCAGUACAUCCUGCCAGCCGAGAGCCCUUCCUCACCUCAACUCACCCACCAGCAAAUUAUCUCCCUGCCCACCAAUACUGCCCUGGCCAAUGGCGUGCACUCGGGGGCGGGGAUCAGAGUUGCGUCAGUCAGCCCUGGGACCAGAGUCCAAACCCAGUCGCCCGUCUUGCAGAGCAAGAUGUUGGUUCCCAUGGCAACAGUCAGAACAGGGUCUACUCCUCCUCAUCCUUCCAUCUCCCUGGUUGCUCCGCCCCUUCCUGUGCAGAACGGCACCGCGACAGGAAACAAGAUUAUCCAGAUAGCUCCCAUGCCUGUGGUCCAGACCAGCGUUCAUCCUGGUGGUGCAGCAGCAGCAGCAGCAGCAGCAGUGCAUCCUGGGAGCCCCUUUCCUGUUUCUGUGGCAACGGUGAUGGCUCCCGGUGCCACGCCUCCACAGACCGUUCUCCUGACCUCUCCACCCACCAGGAUCUCUUACGUCCAGUCUGGCCCUGGAGUUACAACAGCAUCACCACAGCAGGCCACACCCACCCAAGGCCCCGCCUAUCUCCCGUCAUCUCUGGCCACUCUUGGCUUCGCUGCCGUCGCCCCUCCUGGGCAGACCCUGGUUCAGCCAAUUGUUGGUCAACCACCACUCCUAGCACCCGCCCCGCCCCUGAGCUGUCAAUCACAGACCCCUCCAGGUCAGGCCUCAGGAACCGCUGUGCGUCAGGUACUUACUGCCAUCUAUCCUGCACCAACCAUUGCACUGCCUACUGGUGUGGUCUCUGCGGUCUCUCACGGUCUUACGACUGCAGUGGCCGCCCCGGCCCAGGACCUGAUAAAACCCUCCUCCCCAUCGGCAACAGGAGUCCAGGGCUCACCUGCAACGACCCCUCAGCCUAACGUUGCAGUGGAGGUGCAGCCAAAGGUGGAAGUGAAGAAGGAGAGACAAUCAGAUGGUCACACUGAGGACGGAUUGAAGGGGUUGACGAGCUGCCCGUUCAGUUCCUCAUUGGCCACCUGUAUGAGCAACAUGAUAACAGUUAAAAAAGAGGAGGACGUCUGUCUGCAAAUCAAAGAGGAAAAUCUGAGAGACGGACACAACAGCGAGACGGAAAAUGAGCGAGAGAACUCAGAGACAGACAGAGAGGACAGCAGCAGAGAGGCUGGACCUCGUUCCACUCCUCCAGCAACCUCAGGUUUGGACCCCCCUCCACCUCCCCCUUCGGAAAGAGAUCCCCCCUCUGCCUCAAAGAAGAUCAAGUUCAGACCCCCACCUCUCAAAAAGACACCUGACUCUCUCGACAAGGUUUUGUCUGAGACGUACUUCGAGGAGCGUUUUGCCGAGCUUCCAGAGUUUAAUCCCGAGGAGGUCCUUCCUUCGCCCACUCUGCAGAGUCUGGCCACCUCACCUCGAGCCAUCCUGGGAAGCUACCGCAGGAAGAGACGCAACUCCACCGAGCUGGAACCGACAGCAGAAGAGCCCAGCUCCCCAAGGAGGAAGACUCGCCGUCUCUCCAGCUGCAGCUCCGAGCCCAACACCCCGAAGAGUGCAGCCAAGUGUGAGGGCGAGAUCUUCAUCUUCGACAGACCAGGUACAGAAGGAGAGGAUCUUCUCGGAGAUAUAGACCGGGUCCCCUAUUCUUCUCUGCGUAGAACUCUGGAUCAGCGCCGGGCCCUGGUCAUGCAGCUGUUUCAGGAGCACGGCUUCUUUCCUUCAGCUCAGGCCACUGCGGCCUUCCAGGCACGCUACUCGGACACCUUCCCCACCAAGGUGUGUCUGCAGCUGAAGAUCCGAGAGGUCCGUCAGAAGAUCAUGCAGACGGCCACACCCGGAACCUUCGAGCUCGGCGUGCCAGCCGAAACCAGCCCUGCCCUGCCCCACAGUUCCUCCUACAAUCAAUCAACCCGGGAGGACGGAGGGGCGGAGCAGCAUGGAGACAAAGGCCGGAGCCCUGAGGAGCCAAAAAGCGAAGGAUCUUAAUCUGGAGGGGAUUCAAAAAUAAGUGGAGAAAUCGAGAAAAGGAAGAAGAGAGAGAAGGGAGUGUGUCAUCCCCGCAGAAUGUUCUUGUAUGUGUUGCACCAGUUCUCCAGCGGGAUCCGAUCUACUGGCACUAAAAUCUCCGCCAGACCUGGGCAAAAAAAAGAAUCCUUUGACUCUGGUCACUAAUAUUCAAACUACACAAGGCAGCGCUUGAUUUGUCUAAUCAGACAUUCACGACUCAAGAAGAGCCUCGAAGUGGAUGAACAACAUGCAAGUCCCGAUGAGUCACGUGCUCCUCGUAGUUUUCUUUUUCUUUCCAAUUAUGAAGAAUAUUUUCAGUUAACACUCUGCCCAGGUCUGCUCUCAGCACAUUUGUACAGUAGUUUGUAGUUUAAGACACACAAACACACACUCUCUAUCUCUGGCACAUACACACACACACACUGGUGCAUAUAUAAUCUCCAGCAUGCACAUGAUCCCACAUAUACACACAUGCGCGCACACACACACACACACACACACACACACACACACACACACACACUUACCAAAUCAGACUGUUACUCUUGGUUGGAAGUCCACAAGGGCCGCCGCCAAUGACCACGACACACAAAGGCACUUUGUCACUUAUUGUGCAGAUGCAGUUUGCUGUUGCCAGCCAGCCAGCCAGCCCUCAGAUGCCAUUGACUUGACCUCCUUCUCGCCCCCUCCACUCCUCAGCACAGUGGUCGGGACACAAAACACAACCCCAACGACCUCCACUUAUAUUCCACAGCCCCUCGAUGCUGCAAGACAGACAGCACACACAGACAUAAAUAUACUGUACAUUACACGCAGACACACAAACAUGGACACAUCUGUGCAGUGUGAGCACUUGUACACAAACAUCGUCAACUCUGGUCUGACCAAGCCAUCGGCCUGCACAGUUUUUAGUGAUUGUAGUGAGAAGAGAAGCUGAACGCAUGAAAUCUAUUCGCUCCUGGAAAAGAAAAGGAAGAGCAGGAGUUGGGAUGUAGUGUGACCAAUAUUUGCACCUUCAGUUAUUGCCAUUAUGAAAGACUGAGUCCUCAUUGGCGGGAGCUGAUUAUAUAUGUCUGUAUGUCUGUCGGGGCGCCCUCCCCGAAACCUGUGUGAACAGGCUCCGUAAAGAGAUUAUGUAAAGAGACUAAUGGUUGUGAGGCUUUGAAGAUUCAACGUAAAGUUCGACACUGACUGGCUCUCAUCAGAGCGCGCAGGGAAAACACUGAAGAAGAAACUGGAUGAUGUUCAUUGGACGGGAGUUUCAUAUUCCAACUAUAGGAACACAGAUAAUAAUAGCGAAUAAGGACAAGAAGAGAGUGAAAAAGUAGAAUUUUAACCAAACUUCUCUGAAUCUCCCAGUGGAUAUAAUGUUGCUUUCUCUCGUUAUCGUUGCCGUGGAAAUAACCAGUUUUACCGUGGCCUGUUUUUCUCUCGUGGCUCUAUUGUGUUUCUUCUCCAGCAUAAAAAAAAAAUCACAACAAAAAAGAAAAAAAAAAAACUUUGGACAAAGAAGGGGACAAAUCAGUUGGUGGCAGCCCCUACUUUUAAUCAUACCUGGGGCGGUUCUCCACCCAGCCUCCCCCCUUCUCUCUGCUACGAUUUCUCACCAGACAGAAGAGGGGGAGCAGGGGUGUUCGUCGUUUUGUUAAAAACGCAGAAUUCAGGUGUUUGCACAAUUUGUGCGGCCCCUCUCAUCUGGGACCGCCGCAAGUUAAAUCAGGAAAGUAUUGUUUUUAGAGAUUGUUUUAGUAGAAAAAAUAAUAACCUUGUUCCGUAUGUUAUCAACCCCCUCUUUUCCUCCCCUGGUCCUCCCUUUCUUUCCCUCUCCUGUCAUUUUUCCUCAGUCCUGUCCAUCCUCCCUUCCUUACCUCAAUCGGGUCUCUACGGCCCCCUCAAGUGUUGUUAGAAAGUGCCCUUAAGCACUGGUCCCGGGUCAAGCGCUAUGUAGCUCAGGAUGGCUCUGGUUAGGGUUAGUUCAGGGAAAGCAGAUCCUAGACCAGCCCUGGAGGGCAGUCUCUGGAGCCCUCCCCUCUUCCCUCUCUUCUUGACACUUUAUCCUUUCCCGUCAAAUGGUGCAAUAGGACAUUUCUUUUUUGGAAGUGGGUGGGUUAUUUUGUUUCCGGGGGAAAGGCUCCGUGCCAUAGAUAUUAAACCCAGUGCAGUCAGUCAGUGAGAGGAAUGAGAUGUUGUGAUACUAUCUUUAACUAUGGUAUAAAACAAACAAAAAAAAAGAAUCACACAGUUAUUGUUCUUGUUGAAGAGAUAGAGGGUUUAACUUACUAAAAGUCAAAGACAACUUUUGAAUAGCACUUUUUGGCUCUUUGCUUCCUCUGUGAAGAGUGGGGUAGUUAUUACUAUGGGUAUCUCUUUUGUUUCUCUGUAUACAGUUGGAUGUGUGCAAAAAUAUAUAUACCGGUAUUUCCAUAUAUGUGCAUUUAGGUCUGUGUUUGGGUGUGUGUGAAUGUUUUAGCACAUGCAGGUAGUGUGUGUACACGACCAACCUCUCGUUCUUUCUCCACUAAGCAACAUAAUCAAUAGUAUAUUUUUCAUUGUAUUCAACAUUCUAUAUUCUACUCUAGAGACAGUAUUUUUAUAGUCACCAAGACUAUUUUGUCCACCAUCUUGACUGUUAUUGAACCAAGUUGAUUCAGGAUAUAUACACGAUAUAUAUUCAGGAUAUAUAUAUAUAUAAAUAUAUAUAUAAAGACACACAGGUAAUACAACGACUAUCAAUUCUCACCUCUGGGGUUAGGGCUGUUAAGUGUCCAUCUGCAUGCAUGUGCAAUCACAUGCACACGUGCACACACACCCACACAGACAUAUGUGCACACACACACAUGUAUGCGUGUACACUGUAUGAUUGUGCUUAAAAAUAAACUGUCCUUACUUUGGAGAAGGAAUUUUAGGAUGAGCGAUGUGAGUGUAUCUCAUAAGCAGGCAUGUUGACCAUGUGCAAUAUUUCUAAACAACAAAAAAACUAAAUAUUGAAAAUAUUAAAGACCUAACACAAUG